AUGCCGCCGCCCAAGAAGAACGACAAGGUGGGGGGCAAGAAGCCCAGUGUUGCCAAGGUCGUCGAUGACAAGACGUUUGGCAUGAAAAACAAGAAGGGCGGUGCCGCUCAGAAGCAGAUUGCCCAGCUGGCCGCCCAGGCCAAAUCGGGUGGUAAUGCGGAACAGAAGCGCAAGGAGGCUGAGAAGGCCGCCCGCGAGCGCGAGAAGAAGGCGGCAGAGGACGCAAAGCGGGAGGCCGAUCUGCUACUCAACAAGCCCGCCCAGAUCCAGAAGGUCCCCUUCGGCGUCGACCCCAAGACGGUCAUGUGCAUAUUCUUCAAGAAGGGCAACUGCGAGAAAGGCAAGAAAUGCAAGUUCUCGCACGACCCCGAGAUGGAGCGCAAGACGGAGAAGCGCUCUCUCUACACCGACACCCGUGCCGACGAGGAGGACACGAAGAAGGUCGAGACCUCGGCCGACUGGGACGAGGACAAGUUGCGAUCCGUCGUCUUGUCCAAGAAGGGUAACCAAAAGACCACCACCGACAAGGUCUGCAAGUUCUUUGUUGAUGCCAUCGAAGACGGCAAAUACGGCUGGUUCUGGAUCUGCCCCAAUGGUGGUGAUCAGUGCAAGUACAAGCACGCUCUGCCGCCAGGAUUCGUCCUCAAGACCAAGGAGGAGAGGGCCAAAGAAAAGGCUCUUAUGGACAAGUCGCCACUCAAAACCCUCACCCUCGAAGAGUUCUUGGAGUCGGAAAGACACAAGCUUACGGGCACCCUCACACCAGUCACACCCGAAUCCUUCGCCAAGUGGAAGAAGGAGCGGCUGGACAAGAAAGCGGCCGAGGAGCAAGCACGGCAGGCCAGGGAGGCCACAGGCCGUGCCCUGUUCGAGAGCGGAAACUGGCGGACGGAAGAGGACUUGGACUCCGACGACGACGACGACGACGACGACAAUGACGCUUGGAACUUGGAAAAGAUGCGUGCAGAGACCGAGGCGCUACGGCAGAAGAGAGAGGACGAGAGAUUGGUGUCGCCCGAGGGCGCCCCGCCGGAAACCAUCGAGACAGCACCAGACACUUGA